CAGAACCAUCACAACUACGUAAAUUAUAUAAAAACCACACACACAAACCAACCAACCAAGCAAACUCAAUACACCACCUAACCCUACCCAUGAGGCAAAAUAGAAUUAAAUAUGGUGUGGGUAUAAGUUCCAGAAUUCUGUUCAGUCAAACAGAGAGUGGAAACACCCCUUUUCUUUGUUUUGCUCAUCUCUCUCUCUGUCUUCUCCCUCUCUCUGAAAUCUGGCAUCUUCUUAGCUCUUCAUUGUAAGGCUGUGUAGAGUGUGGGGCAUGGCUAACAAUGGGAUGAGAGAAAGGUUGCUGACUAGUUCAGAAGAAGAGAAGCAGGUGGUGGCGGAGGGUGGUGAUCUGAAAGCAAGAGUCUAUGAUGAAACGAAGAAAAUAUGGAGGGUGGCAUUGCCCGGAAUACUAUCAAGAGUGGCUUCAUUUGGGAGCAUAGUGGUCACCCAGUCAUUUAUUGGACACAUUAGUGGACUAGACCUUGCUGGCUAUGCCCUUGUCCAAACGCUCACCGUUCGCUUCGUCAAUGGCAUUUUGAUAGGAAUGUCAAGUGCAACUGAAACGCUAUGCGGGCAAGCAUACGGGGCAGGGCAGUACCACAUGAUGGGAGUUUACUUACAAAGGUCAUGGAUAGUUGACUUCAUCACCUUGACAGUCUUGCUUCCCCUCUUCAUCUUUGCAACCUCAAUCUUCAAACUGCUAGGAGAACAAAAUGACAUUGCCAACUCAGCCGGUUACGUCUCCUACUGGUUCAUCCCCUUCAUCUACAACUUCGUCUUCAGCCUGACCAUACAAAUGUUCCUUCAAGCACAACAGAAGAACCAAAUCAUUGCAUGGCUUUCGGUGUUCCAGUUUAUGGUGCAUGUUCCGCUGUCUUGGCUGUUGGUUUACAAGCUUGACUAUGGUGUUCCGGGUGCAAUGAUAGCGCUUUCUAUAUCUUCUUGGCUGGUCGUAAUCGGCGAGUUUGUAUACAUAUUGGGUGGGUGGUGCCCCGAUACAUGGAAGGGGUUCACUAGGGCUUCCCUGAAGGAUCUUUUUCCCGUUGUGAAGCUCUCCAUAUCAUCUGGGAUUAUGGUUUGCUUGGAGCUGUGGUACAAUGCUGUGCUAGUAUUGCUAGCAGGGUACAUGAAGAAUGCUGAGGUUGCUAUUUCUGCCUUCUCCAUCUGUCUUAAUAUAAACGGAUGGGAAUUCAUGAUAAGCCUGGGCUUCCUUGGCGCGGCUUGUGUUCGAAUUGCAAAUGAACUGGGAAGAGGAGAUGCUAAAGCUGUGAAGUUUUCUAUUAAAGUCCUCGUCUCUACUUCAGUCUUGAUAGGAGCCUUCUUUUGGAUUCUCUGUUUGGCGUUUGGCAAUAAGCUCGGCUACUUAUUUACUAAUGAGAAGGAGGUGGCGGAUAGUGUCUCCAACCUUUCUAUCCUACUCUCCUUCUCUGUGUUGCUCAAUAGCAUCUAUCCAGUGCUCUCAGGUGUGGCAGUAGGAGCAGGUUUGCAAAGCACUGUUGCCUAUAUAAAUUUGGGUUGCUACUAUCUGAUUGGAAUACCUGUUGGGGCUUUGCUGGGAUAUGUGGCUCAUCUUCAAGUCAAUGGAAUAUGGGCUGGAAUGAUAUGUGGAGUGGUCGCUCAAACAGUGGCUUUGUGUUACAUGACAUGGAGAACAAACUGGGAUGAAGAAGUGUCCAAGUCCCAGGCACGACUCAAGCGUUGGUACUUGAAAUCUUCUGACGUAUCGAACAGCAAGAAUCCUGAGUUAGCUUAAGGUUUCUCUUUUGUGGGGGAAUGGAUGAUAAGCAGUUGCUAAUAUGGGGAUGUGAUUUCCUGGAGAAGGUAGCUCUGAUUUAACAGUUCAUUCAUCUGCAUUGACACGAGUUGCUCUUGUGAGUUUUGUUGCACUGAUCAAGUGUAGUUUUGCUGCCACCAUACUUUUUGUUUCUAUCUGCAAUAGUGCAAUGGAACAUGGGAAGCAUUUUUGUUGUUGAGAAUAUAUUGUUGCAGUUUCAAGUUGUGAACGUUGCUAAUCUUCAACUGAGC